AUGAUAUCUUCCAAAAGUAAUAACAAAAUUUCGAAAGGUGAUGAACAACAAACAAUUCAUUUAGUAAGCCUUGACCAGACGUACGUGUGUUUUGACGUGGAACAAUUGACAAAUGCAAGACAGGAAGUGAAACUAAAGCGUUACGAAGGUGUUCAGGAUGACAUUGCAUGGCGUAUGAGAACAAACGUACCCACUCGAUAUCUCAUCAAUCCAUCCAAAGGUUUCAUUCAAAACAAUGAACCGAUCACACUUUGCAUCGAAUUAUUAGAAAAUAAAUUCCAUCCGAAUCAUAAAUUAACUCUUCAAGCAAUUGCAAUAAUUGAUGGAUGCAAUGAGCGAACAAUUUGGAAGCAUCAAAAUGCCAAAAAAUGCAGUAAAGUGCAACUGAUAAGACUGAAAUUAAGUACAGUACUGAUAAAUGUCGAAAUGGCCAAAUUUGAGGAAGAAAAUUUUGCAAUGGAAGCAGGAAAUUUAGAAAAGUUUAUGGAACAAAGCUCAACCACUGGAUUCAAACGUAUUAGAGAACUGGAAAAGUUGCUGAACACUUUGGAAGAUGAUUUCAGUUAUAUCCGGAAGAAUACUGAACGGACGAAACGUUUAAAGGCGGCUUUGGAACAAGCAUUAGAUUCACGUAAAUUAACUUUGGUUGAACUGAAACGACGAGCAAUGGAAAGUGAUCGAAAGACGAAAAAGUUGAAGAAGAAACUUGAAAGUAAAGAAGCGCAACUGCAACUUGCGCAGCAAACACAAACAAAUAAUUUGAGUAGUCCAACUUGUCGAAUUUCAUAA